CCGCAUGUGUAUCUCGUCAGUCGGCCUGGAGCCACGUGCGUGCGCUCGCUGGAGUAGCUCUCGUAUAAGCGACAGAUCGGACAGCAUCGUUUCACGAAUCGCGCGAUCGAGUCGACUUAUCGCGCUUCGGAUGACCGAUGAACAUCUUCGCAUAAAUUUACGGUAUAGCAAAACUAUUCCAUUUUUCGAUAUAUUUAUUUUGAAUUAUAAAAAUGAUUCGAUCAACGAGGAGUCUUGCUCUAAAGAAAAACGAGUUGCUUCAGUGAAUUAAAAAAUACGGCGAUAAAAAUAAUAGAUAAUUAGACAUGCAACGUUAAUAAGUGAAGAAUUCGAAAAAAAUAAAGAAUCUAUUGAUUCACUGUAACAAGUCUACGCAAUGUAACUGUAAAAUAUUAAGUAUCAUUUCAAUUUAUCAAAUAAGAUAAAUAUGACGAAAUCAACGUGUAAGUAGCUUAAAAUAUUAAUUUGUAUAAAACGAAAAAUAUCAACACAAGCCACAGUGGCUUACGGAGAACACAAACACAUCGGAUGUCGAGGAAGAACCGAGAUAUUUCAUCACGGGUUCAUCGAUCAAGCUCACCGGUAUGAUCUGCCGGCGUACAAGAGCAUGCUUCGAGGAAGAACAAAGAUAUCGCCGCGAGCGACUAGGUAACUCUCAAAGGUGAAGAUAGACGUCGGUCGGAGAAGUCGGGUGAACUAAAAAUAUCAGUCGGUUCCGCGGUUGGUCGGCGGUGCGCCCGCGGCCCCGUCGCGCUUCGACACUGGACAAUUUUACCGACUGGAGGAGAGAAGUGAUAUCUUCAUGAAACAGAGCUUUAAUUUCGCGGAUGACGAUUCGCGGUUAACGAUUAUCGGGCAUGAUCUUCGUUAUCGCAAAGAGCUCGCUGACAGACCGGACAUUCACUCGAAACGCGGCCGCGUCGCGACUUCGCGCGUAAUCCGCGAUGACCGAAUGCUCCGUCGUCGUGCUUCGUGCACUAUUAUUAAUGCCGCUCGUCAUCGUCGUCUGUUGCUGCUGUAAACCACAUCGAAGAUAACGCGUAUCGCUGCGAGAAAUAAAAUACCACGACAGAUACUAUCGGCGUCUCAGCGAUGUCUGCUCGAGCGUCUGGGACGACCUUGCUGUAUUGACGAGCUUCCUCACGCCGAAACUUGGAGCUAUUUAUUCUUUCGGGCGCGGUGAACACCGGGCGCGCCAGAUUGAUGCGUCCGGGCUUGAGACGCAGUGUCAAGGCCAAGAGCUCAUCGUAUCACGCGGCGGAAUCGACGGCGGAGGAUCGGAGCCUCCGAGUUUCCCUGGGACUCCAACGCUAUUUUACGGCGCGGUUGUUUGAAAUUCUUCACGUGGAGUUGCGGCCGUAUUUAUAGAUCCGCGUGUGGCAGUGCGUAGGGCUCGAGCGCGCGGCACACGCGUUCACGCACGCAAUUCUCCCGUCCUCCUUCUCAAAGGUACGUAGGUGUGUACGUGAGACAGCCGUCGAGCUGAGCCACGUCGAGUACGCGUCCUCAAGGAGUGAGCGACAGCACGUCGCGAUCAUGAUGCGAUGCGUCCGCGACGGGAACACCACCGGCCUGCCUCGCAGGCGAGCGCGUCCCCGUCGCCGUCGAACUGUCUGCCCCGCUGGCUGUCCCGCUGGCUGCGAUCCGCCGAUCCACUUCCGGGCAUGAUCGCUAACGACAUCGCAGCCACGAUCCUUCGAGUCCUUGUUGUCCUGCUCGUUCUCGGGUACGCCGAGGUCGCCGCCGACAAUUUGAAUGAGAAUAAGACACUCGCCAUUGAAGUUAGCGGCCAUAUAGACUACCUCCAUUCGGUCGAUGAACCGUCUGCCGCGGAUCACUUACCAAAGAAUCAAACGACGAAAUUGUCGCAUUUCACAAAUUGGAGCGAGUGGUCGGUGUGCGAUCGGCACUGUACGCAAAACCGCGUCAGGAGAUGCCGAUCGAAAACGGAUUGCGGAACCACUGUACUUCGGGAGGAACGCGGUUGCGAGCAUAACAGAGAAGGUCGUCGAAGACGAUGCAAGCAUCAGCAACGUCGGAGACACCGACAAAGGAACAAGAAAUUUCACGUGGUUCAGGUAUCUAAAGAAGCAGACCGCAGACAAGGGAAGCGAAAGGGCAAGGAUAACAAAGAACACUCCAAAGGACACUAUGGAAAAUGGAGUAAAUGGUCGCCUUGUACGAGACUGUGCACUACGGAACGUCACAGAUGGUGCAAAAAACCCGGAAUAUGCGGACGCGAUGUGAUACGAGAGAGCGCCUACUGCUACGUCGAAGGUAGCUUCUGCCAAAGAUGGAUUCAUCGGAAGAUUCGUGGUAGCCACGAAGAUGACGGCGAUGAUUUUGUGUUGGAUGAGUUUGAAUUGAAUCCUAACACUGUGGACAGUUUCGCUUCGGAAAAGAGCUCGAACGCUUGGAAAUGCGGAGUGGCGAACGCUCACAAGGGUUCCCGGUUGUCAUAUUUCAUGCGAAUCAUUGGCGGUCGUCCGACCACACCUGGAAGCUGGCCAUGGCAAGUGGCUGUACUGAAUCGACAUCGGGAGGCUUUUUGCGGUGGAACGUUAGUUUCCCCAAGGUGGGUGCUAACUGCCGCGCACUGUAUCAGAAAACGUCUGUACGUUCGAAUUGGAGAACACGAUUUAACGGUGAAAGAAGGCACGGAAUUAGAGCUCAGGGUGGAUUCCGUAAUUAUCCAUCCGGAAUAUGAUGUCGAUACUGUUGAUAACGACGUGGCUCUACUCCGUUUACCAGUUACCCUGACCCCGUCUGCUUCAAGAGGAAUUGCGUGUCUGCCCGCGCCAAAGCAACCCUUACCCACAAACCAGCACUGCACUAUUAUCGGCUGGGGCAAGUCUAGCGUGACGGACAGUUUUGGAACGGACGUGUUACACGAAGUCAAAGUUCCAAUAGUGUCUACUGAAAGCUGUCGAAAGGUCUAUGUAGAUUAUAGAAUUACGGACAACAUGUUCUGUGCCGGCUAUGCUCGCGGAAAAAUGGAUUCGUGCGCAGGUGACAGCGGGGGACCUUUGCUUUGCAGAGAUUGGCGGAAACCCGAGCACCCGUGGACAAUUUUUGGUAUCACUAGUUUUGGUGAAGGUUGCGGCAAACGCGGCAAGUUUGGUAUAUACGCCAGACUAUCUAAUUACGUACGCUGGAUUACAAAAGUAAUGAAGAAGGCAGAUGAAUACACUUAGAAAAUACGCUUUUUGUGCAUUAUAAUAAUUAUAAUUAACGCAUAAAUAACGCGUUGUAGCCGACGCGUUUUUAAAGAAAGAUUUUCUGAAACAAUGAAAAAUAUGACAGACAAUCAGAAUAUAAGAGUUUUAAGAUGUAUCCCAAUUGGUCAUACAUCAGUAGAACGAAAAAUAUGUACAAAUCUACGCAUUUAAAACACCAAGUAUAAAGCUAAUUAUGUUAUAAUUUGCUAUUAUAUUACACAUUCUUCACUUUCCUUAGAAACACGUUUGUACCGUUUUAUAUAGGAAAUAAAGUGUAAUUUUUAUAAAACGUAACGCAGUUGAUUGCGUUUAUAUUUUUUCUUACUUAUCUUUGAACUAUACGUCUAUCAA